AUCUCCACUAGCCUUGGCCGCGAGACCAUUUCCUUCACCGCCGAAUGCUUGAAGGAGGACGUUCCGUACUUCGUCGAGGUCUUUGGCGAUAUUGUUGCCCAGACCAAGUUUGCUGAGCAUGAGCUCCACCCCGUUGCCUCCGAGGUUGCCUCCGAGCGUGCCGUCGCCGAGGCUUCCCCCGAAGUCACUGUCAUUGAGGCUGCCCACAGCGCUGCUUUCCGCCACGGUCUCGGCAACUCUAUCUACGCCGUUCCCUAUGCUGAUAUCACCACCCACGACUUGAAGAAGUUUGCUGCUGACAACUUUGUUGCCAACAAGAUCGCCCUCGUUGCCACCGGUAUCAGUGAGUCCGAGCUCAAGAGCUUGGCCGACUCUGCCUUUGCCGAGGUCAUUGCCGGCUCUGCCGCCACUGCUGAGACUGCCAAGUAUUAUGGUGGUGAUAUUCGUGUUGCCCAUUCUGGCGAGCACGGCCACAUCGCCGUUGCCUUCCAGGGUGCCGCUGCCGGUACCCCCGAAUUCUACACUGCCCAGGUCUUGCGCUCGUUGCUCGGAGGCGAUCGCUUCGUCAAGUGGUCCACCGCUGGUGUCUCUCCCCUCGCUGUCGCUGCCGCCAAGUUCGGUACAGAUACCAAGAUCGCUGCCUUCAAUUUUGGCUAUUCCGAUGCUGGUCUUUUUGGUGUGUAUGUCCAGGGCGAGCACAAGAACGUCGCCGAGGCUGCCAAGGCUGCCGUUGCCUCCUUGAAGGCCGCUGCCAAGUCGGUCUCUGCUGACGAGUUCAAGCGUGCGUUGGCUCAGGCCAAGUUCGAGACCGCCUCCCAAUUUGAGUCCCGCGCUUCCACAACCGAGAUCCUGGCUGCUCAGACUCUUCAGGGCCACAAGAUCACUGCCACAGAAUCCCUUGCUGCCUUUGACAAGGUCCAGGCCGGCGAUGUCUCCAAACUCGCUGCCAAGUUGUUGAGCAGCAAGCCUACCACCGUUGUUCUCGGUAGAACUUCGGAGCUCCCCUACGGAGAUGCCUUGUUUUAA